GGCGAAGUGGCUGUUGGCUGGUCCCUCCACUGGACUAGACCAUUUUUUCCGGAGGGGAGGAUAGAAAUAGCUUCAAAAACAUUUAAGCCGUCGACAUUUUUUUAAAGGAGUUAUGCAUAACUAUUAUGAGCUAUAUGAGGGAAAAGAAAAGAAGAAAGAAAGAAAAGGAGAGGAUAAAAAGUGGACAUCCAUCCAAACGAGUCUUUUCCAAGUUGAUUCUCCCUCCCCAAUAUAUCGCAGCUUCCUUCUCCAUCUUGAGAACUGAAGGAAAGGUCGCUGCUGAUUGGAGCGCACCCCAGCUGAAGACGAAGGGAGAAGUGAGCGUGCUUGAAAAAGUACAUUCUCUAAUUGGACAUAAAAUGCGGGGAGGCGGGUCUUGUCUCCUGUUCUGUUCGGGUGAAGGUGAAUUGUAGGAUGUGCUUGUGUUGUUCGUGCGAGCUCGCCUGGCGGCUGCUCGGGUUCGACUCGAGGCCAGUUGUGUAACAGCUGGUGGCGUUGAUAUGGAGUUACGAGACGGUCCUGUUCCGUUUAAGGUUUCUAAGAACUUCGUCUGUUAGGUCAGCGGGGUGCUGGCGUAACCGCGAAAGGCUUUUAUCUCUAUAAUCCCGAAUGGCCCGCAGGAAAACAACGUGGAAUUGCAGUUAUCGAGCCGCCUACACGCUCAGAAACACGAACGCAAAAGUGUAACUUAAUGGCAUCGAAGUCAUCCCGAAACUAUCCAUGUACACCGUUUACCUACCGUGUGCAGAGCUACAAUUUUCACCAAGAAAAUAUUCAUCACAUCUCUUCUCCAUGAUUGCAUGAACAGUUGAUGUAACCAUGGUACUAAUACUGGGGCGCAGAUUGAACAGAGGGGAUAGUCGGGUCCAAGAAUCCCCAGUCACUAAGCGUAAAGUUUUUGAAAUGGACCCAAAGUCUUUAUCAGGCCAUGAGUUCUUUGAUUUUUCUUCUGGAUCAUCCCAUGCCGAAAACAUACUUCAGGUCUUCAAUGAAUUUCGUGACAGUCGCUUGUUCACAGAUGUAAUAAUCUGUGUUGAAGGCAGAGAAUUUCCUUGUCAUCGUGCUGUUCUUUCAGCUUGCAGCAGCUACUUCAGAGCUAUGUUUUGCAAUGAUCACAGAGAAAGUCGGGAGAUGUUGGUAGAAAUUAAUGGGAUUUUUGCUGAAGCCAUGGAUUGCUUUUUACAAUAUGUAUAUACAGGCAAAGUAAAAAUCACCACGGAUAAUGUGCAGUACCUGUUUGAAACAUCAAGUCUCUUUCAAAUAAGUGUUUUGCGUGAUGCAUGUGCUAAGUUCCUAGAAGAGCAGCUAGAUCCUUGUAACUGUCUAGGAAUUCAACGUUUUGCCGAUACACACUCUCUGAAAACACUCUUUACAAAAUGCAAAACUUUUGCACUGCAAAAUUUUGAGGAUGUGGCCCAGCAUGAAGAAUUUCUUGAGCUUGGAAAAGAUGAACUUAUUGAUUACAUUUGCAGUGAUGAACUGGUAAUAAGCAAAGAGGAGAUGGUAUUUGAAGCAGUUAUGCACUGGGUUUACCGGGCUGUGGAAUCCAGGCGCUCAGUUCUACAAGAAAUUCUCACACACGUGAGACUGCCUUUGUUACAUCCUAACUACUUUGUUCAGACAGUGGAAGUAGAUCAGUUGAUCCAAAACUCACCUGAAUGUUACCAGUUGUUGCAUGAAGCACGAAGGUACCAUGUCCUUGGAAAUGAAAUGAUGUCUUCAAGAACUAGACCACGAAGAUCAACUGGCUACUCUGAAGUUAUAGUUGUUGUUGGAGGUUGUGAGCGUGUUGGGGGAUUUAAUUUGCCAUAUACAGAAUGUUAUGACCCAAUGACAGGAGAGUGGAAAUCCCUGGCAAAAUUACCAGAAUUUACAAAAUCUGAGUAUGCAGUUUGUGCUUUGAGGAAUGACAUCCUUGUUUCAGGUGGAAGAAUCAAUAGCCGUGAUGUGUGGAUUUAUAAUUCUCAACUUAAUAUUUGGAUCAGAGUCGCUUCUCUAAAUAAAGGGAGGUGGCGUCAUAAAAUGGCUGUCCUCCUUGGUAAGGUGUAUGUGGUUGGAGGAUAUGAUGGGCAAAAUCGGCUGAGUAGUGUAGAGUGCUAUGACUCUUUUUCCAAUCGGUGGACAGAGGUAGCUUCACUUAAAGAAGCUGUCAGUUCUCCAGCAGUUACCAGCUGUGUGGGCAAACUGUUUGUGAUUGGUGGAGGUCCAGAUGAUAACACAUGCUCUGAUAAGGUUCAGUCAUAUGAUCCUGAUACUAAUUCUUGGCUCCUUCGUGCAACAAUCCCCAUUGCGAAGAGAUGUAUUACAGCUGUAUCAUUAAACAAUCUCAUUUAUGUUGCUGGAGGACUUACAAAAGCGAUAUAUUGCUAUGAUCCAGUUGAAGAUUAUUGGAUGCAUGUGCAGAACACAUUUAGCAGACAGGAAAACUGUGGCAUGUCGGUCUGUAAUGGGAAAAUCUAUAUCCUUGGUGGGAGAAGAGAAAAUGGAGAAGCCACAGAUACUAUUCUUUGUUAUGACCCUGCAACAAGUAUCAUCACUGGAGUAGCUGCCAUGCCCAGACCAGUAUCAUACCAUGGCUGCGUGACUAUUCACAGAUACAACGAUAAGAAGAAUUUUUGAGUAAGAAAUCAGGCUCAUAUUACUGUCAGAAUUUGUAGGAUUCAUUUUAAAAACAGGAAAGCAGCCUUUUCCAAAGUGUCAUCUGGAAAGAAACACUGUUGUGUUUAAAGUCUUGAUUGUUAAAUAUUUCCCAUAGUUAUAAUUUCUAACUUCUUCUGAAAUCAUUAACAGUUGAUGUUACUAAAUAGAUCAUGCUCAUGUCCAUGUUGUAUUUUUUCCAAGUUUAUUUCAAAUAGUUUUACCUGCAUUUUUCAUAUUUUCAAUGUGAUAAGUACUGUUUACUAUCAAUGUGAAAAAUUGAGUUUAUAUAUGAUUUAUAUAAUGGUUUCAGUAAUAUUUGUCCUUUAUUUUCUUUCAUUAAUUGAAUUUAUAGCACCACUAUUAGAAUAAUUUUUAGAAUAUUUGAAAAUAAUAUACGUCAAUGUUGUCUUGCAUCAUGAAAUACUUUUCAUCAGAAAGCAUAUUAAAAAUAUUUAGGUCCAUCUAUAUAGAAUCACUCAGUUAAAGGGGUGUUUCAUUUAUUUAUUUUUUAGUAUGUGGUAUGUGACUAUUUUUUAUUUUACUUCUAAAUGAGACCUUAAAACAUCUUAGUUACUUUCCAUCUGAAAUUAUGUAUAGUAAAGAUCACAUCAUAGUUGUCCAUUAGAAGCCCUAAGAAGCAAUACUUAGGAUUAAACUCUGCCACUCACUAUAUUGGGCUUCAGCAUUGUUCCCAAAUUGGUAAAUAACAACUUCAGAUUUCAAAAAAUUAAAUAGUAAGGAGCUUUUAUUUAAGAUACAGUAGAACCAAUAAACACGCAGUUGAUUAAUCAUUGUCUUCUAUUAAAGAAUAAAAACAACUGUCAUGUACCUGUUAUUAAUAUUUUUCCAGGUAGCAUCUCUCUGUGAAAAGGAUCAUUUUCUGAAUUCUGUUUUUUUCCUGUAGCAUACCCUGUACAACUUGAAUAAAUUUGACAUAUUUUAGUGUAGAAAAUGCAUAUUAAAACAUGAUUUCUAGGUGUGAAAAUGAUAAGUAUACAUGUUACCAGCACUUUUGUGUUGUGUAUUGCUGUGAUCAGUAGUUGUAUGAUAAGCAUUUACAGUACAAGAACAUGUUUUACAAGGAAAAUUCAUUAUGCCGUUUUGUACAUCGUUUGCUUCCUGAAUAUUUUCCACAUAAUUAUUAUACUGCUGUGAAUAUUAUGAAUUUUCCUUGGACAUUCUGACAUAGGUAAGUUAUGUAUAUUAUUUUUACAUCUCCAUUUUUAUAUCUGGUCAUGUUCAGCCAACAUACAUUUGCUUGACUAGACUAUAAGCCUUAAUCUCCCACAUAUACUAACAUUUAACCGUAUCAGGAACUUAGUAAAACAAGUUUCCCUGAAAAAUAUGCCUGAUUAAAUAGUUCUAAUUGAUUUUCAAGCAGUUAUUAUAUACUGUGUGACAUUUCUGGUGCCUUGGAAUCUUAUAUAAGUGUACAUUCAUCAAAUGUUUUAAUAAGGAUAUGGCUCAAAAUUAAUUAUUUACUGAGUGCUUUCUCAUAGAUAUUUGUGUGUUUGCAAUAGGUAGGUGCCUUUAAAUACUUUUAGCAUUGGCUAUACAGUACUUCCAUUAUUGGAAGCAUUUGUGCUGCUGUGCAGUAGAUUAUACAUGUUGUAAUUUUUCAAUAAUAUAUGAAUUAACAGUUCAAUGAAUUUGGUUUCUGUGACUAGAGAAAUCCAGUUAAGUCUUUUUGUUCCAGCAGUGGGACAAGAAUAGAUUUUUAUUGAAAUCAAAGGAGUUGUUCCCCCUCUUGAUUUCAUUGGGAAGCUAUUCUGUUCGUGAAAAUAAAUGCACCACAUUUCACCAGUAAAAUAAAAAUAUAUUAAGGGAGAACUGGUCAACCUGUUGCCUAUGAAUCUCCUUUUGCAGUCCAUAAAACUGGCCACUGUUUAUGAAAAAUGACAGCAAUUUUCCCUGCCAUUUCAAGGGCAAGAGCAAAUAAAAACUAUGGAGUUUUGUAUAACAAGUCCUAUCAAAGUUAAAAAUUAGGAACUCCAUGAAUUCCUUUAAAACAUCCUUUUGUCCAAAUAUGAAAAAUGUUCCCCUGCUUUGUAAUUCUUUAUUCCUUUAUCCUACAAAAUCCAUUUUAGUGUGACCCUUGACCAUCAAAAUUGCUACAUUUGCAUGAAAUAUAUCACUUGGCAGCAGAUUUAUGUUAAAAUUUAUGUCAAAUAAUUCAUUCAUAUUUUGAAUGUACAAAGUUAAAUGGCUGAACCAACUGGAUAAACUUAAUAGUAUCUUUUUUUUCUUGGCAUCUAUUUUGGAAAAGUUCCAUUUAAAAAUGAGGCAUAUGGUAAUGAUAUGUGUAACUCUCCUUGGCAUGUUUGCUUGCUUAUUUUCAGCUAUAGUGAAGAUAUUUUUCCCCCUUAAAACGUCCUUUCAACUACUGUUUGGGUCAUAUUUGAUCAUAAUUAACUUCAAAAAAUUCCUGUUUAUACUUCUGAAAUUAAGUUGCAAAUAACUGUUUGAAAAUGUCAAUCAAUGCAUGUCACUUGUUUAAGAGCUUGAUAGAUUGUGCCAAAUAAAUCUUGCUUGCCAUCUACAGGAAAUUUGCCCUAUUUUACAUUUUGGUUAUUUCUACUUUAAUUUUGCAUGCUUACUGUUUUGCUUAAAUCCACUCAAUGCAAUUCAAAGGGGAACAGAGGCAGGAAAAGAAUCACCUACUAGAUAUUUACAUAUUUAAGUAAGAAUCACUACAUGUAUAUAAUCUAUAGUUUACUUGGUUUUAUUGCAAUAUACUGGAUUUUUUUCCUAAAACUACAGUCACUGGCCUGCAUUUUGAUGCUGUUACAUUGGUUAAAUCAAAUAUAUCCAAUAUUACCAUAGAUUUUCUUAUUGAAAAAAAUUCCACUGAAUAAAGUCAGGAUUCUUAAUAAACUUUUAGGAAUUACCUUAAUCUAACAACUUCUCUCCUGAUCUGCAGUGUACAGGUAGCCCUCGACUUAAAAUAGUUCAUCUAGAGCAGGGGUGUCAAACUCGUGUCAUGUGCCAUACGACUUUUUUCCCCUUUGCUAAACUGGGCAUGGCAAGCAUAUAAUACAUCCGGGAGUUUGACACCUCUGAUACAGACGCUAUUCAAUGUUACAACAGCACUGAAAAAAGUGGUUUAUGACAGUUUUUCAUGCUUAAUAUCUGUUGCAGCAUUCCUAUGGUCACGUGAUCAAAAUUCAGAUGCUUGGCAACUGAUUUGUAUUUAUUAUGUUUGUUGUGUCCCAGGUUCAUGUAAUCAACUUUUGCAAUGUGACAAAAUCAAUGGGGAAGUCAGACUUACUUAACAACCGUGUUACUAAUAUAACUGCAAUGAUUCACUUUACAAUUGUGGCAAAUGUUGUAAAAUGGGGCAAAAUUCACUUGUCUUGCUUAGUAAUAGAAAUUUGGGGUUUAAUGUGGUCAUAAAUCGAGGACUACCUGUAUUACAGAAAUGUAUAGAGAGAUGAAUUCAAAGAGCAAAAUAUGGAGCACACACAAGUGUGUACAUAUAGCACCUCAGAAUAACUGCAUUAAGCUGGUAUGAGUCUUCAGAAAAAGAUGUGCAUUUCAAAUCACAUCUAAUCCUUCUAAUCUGGAUCUCUCUGCAGCCUUGUGUAUUACAUUUGAAUCUUAAUGUGAUUAAAGUUCAAUUAUGAAUAUAGAAACAGUUGCCCAUUGUUUAAUAACAGUUGUCUUACACCAUAGAUUCAUAUCUAUAAAGGCCAUAUAUAGCUGUAUUUUUGUAGCACAGCAUUUAUAAGGCCCUUCUCUAAAAACUCAGUAGCUCAAGGGAAACACCUCAUAACCUUAAAGAAUCUUUUUGUAAAUUAUUGCUUCAAAAGCCAUUUCCACUUGUGUGCAUGCACAGCUGCUUUGUUUUGUUAGUAAGUCCCAGCUGAAGUAUUUGGAUAUGCAACAUGCACACUCAGGCAGCUGGGAUACAGCAUGCAACCUCUCUGGAAGGCAUAGCCCCUUCAAAGGGGCAUUAGGCCCCUUCAAAGCAUUCAGCAACUAAUCAUGACUGCAUUUUUUUGUGUAUUUGCUUUAUACUGUAAGUAAAAAUGUUUUGUGUUACUAUUUCCAAAACACAUAUUUAAUAUGUAUUUAAAACUGUACUAUUCUGUAAUAUUCUGUACUUGGCUUUUUGGAACAAGCAACCUGCUUGUGCUUUUGAUUUUUACAGGCUUUUUUCUGUUUACAUUAAAAUUGAAAGAAAUGACUGUGUCAAAUGCAGAGAAAGAAUUACUCACUGUAGAGACUGACCCUCCAAUUGAACCUCCAUCUUUCACAGAUUGCUUGAUCUUUGUUAAGGAAGUUCUUUCAUUUGUGAAGGAUUCCAAAAUAGUUGGAAUCCAGGCAGCAGCAUGAUAAUACUAAACAAAACUUUAUUUGCAUGCAAUAUUUUAAAAGUAGAUGAAUAUUAACUCAGAAAACGUAUUGGUCACUGAAUUAUGUGGCUGCAGUAUUUGGUUCUUAUGCAGUCCUGGAAAUACUUUUAAAUACACUGUUACCUAGUUCUUAAAAGAUGCCACCUAUAUUUGAGAUGAGCACCUCCCGGAAAAUUUAGCACAGGGCUGGACAACAUACAUGCCUCACAUGACCCGUCAUCCCAUUUUCAAAAGCCCAACAAACCUGACUAUGUUAAUAGAAUGAUUUUUGUUUUAUUUCAAAAUACCAUUUCAAAAUAAAUACCAAGUGGAAGCAGAAGGCCUCUAGGAGUUAAACUCUAUUUAUACCUUUAAUCCUGCCCAAAUGACCAGAAAUCUAUCACUUCUUGUGAGAUCCCCAGGCAAUCUUGUAGCUGAUCAAGGAAAGGUGCAGCAAAGUCCAAUUCUUGGAAAGCUACCCAUCUUUAUUCUAGCAUAUUCUAUUUCACUGCAUCGUCAUGUAUCCUAUCAUGUUUAAAACUCAUGGAAAAUUUACAACAGGGAGUUAGCCAUCUUGAGUUACAUGAAGGUAGACCAAGCUACCUUUCACCUUUUCUGAUACAAAAUUUAUCCAUUAUAAAUUUCCUGUGUUAUAGAAGGAUUUAGCUGAACAAUAACACUAAAAAUACCCACACUUUUCUCAACUAAUUGUUUUGUGAAUAUUUAAAGAAAUAUACAGGUUAGAUGGCAGCUAACCUCGUGAAACUUACUGAGUGAAGUCUUCAGUUAUACCACAAAACACUGAACUAGGAACAGUAAUUCUAAUAGUUUGAUCAUUUUUAUUGUACUUACCAAUAUGCUUUAUAAUAAUCUUCAAUUGAAUGUUUUUUUUAGCUUGUAUUAUAAUACUGGAGUGUAUCAGUAGAUAUUUCAAUGUUAUGUGUAUGUAUUUAUAAGUAUGUGUGAUUUUUUUGAUGAUUGCUUAUAAAUGAUGCUUUUUAAAGCUACUAUGUAUGGGUUGUAGCGAUAUGUGAGGGUGAAAAGCAUUUGGUUGUAGUUUAUUUUGUAUACUUAAUCCAAAGAACUGAAUGUUGUAAAUAAAUCCAUUUUAGUGUAAUCUUUGCCCCAAAGCCAAAUUCAGAAUAAAUAUUGCUAAUUUGCAUCA